AUGCCUUCUCUUCCCAAGCAUCCCGGUGAGAGCUGGCAGCUGCCGCCCCGAUACAAGGUGACAGAGCUCAUCGGGUCCGGCUCCUAUGGCAGCGUCUGCGAAGCCGAAGAUGACUUCAAUGGUCAGAGGCAGCCUGUUGCCAUCAAGAAGUGCAAGCGCAUCUUCGAAGACCUAGUGGAUUGCAAGCGCAUUCUCCGGGAGGUCAGCAUCCUGUCCAAGCUGAGUCACAGGAAUGUGGUCAAAGUGUCGGACUUUUACAUCCCAGGAGACAUGAGCAGGUUCACAGAGAUCUACAUGAUAAUGGAGCUCUGCGAUUCAGACCUCAAGAAGCUCUGCAGGCAAGACGUAACCCUCAGCCCAAUUCACGUCAAUACGCUUUUGUACAACCUUCUGGUUGGCCUUAACUACAUCCACUCAGCUGGCAUCUACCACCGUGACUUGAAACCAGCAAACUGCUUUGUCAACCAGGACUGCACCGUCAAGAUCGGAGAUUUCGGUCUUUCCCGAGCUAUUAAAGGUGAGCAGAAGCAUCUCAAGCACCUGCCACACACGCCUCGGGACGGUGAUCAGGCGCCGCUACCGCAAGUUCCGCACACAAAAAGAGCCGCCAAGAACUUGACUGGGCACGUGGUAACGCGAUGGUAUCGAGCUCCUGAGUUGAUUUUGCUUCAGGACAACUACACAGAGGCCAUUGACGUUUGGUCUGUGGGUUGUAUAUACGCCGAGCUCCUUGGAAUGCUGCCCCAAGCUGGUAAAAGUUACAUGGACCGCGGACCUCUUUUUCCAGGGACAUCCUGCUUUCCGCUGUCUCCGGAUCACAAACACAAGUCGGAUUACAAAUACUACACGAAUGGCAAACACGAUAUGCUCAAGAAGAUUUUUGGUCUCCUUGGGACUCCUGAGCAGAAGGACAUUGACGCUUGCAUCGAGCGCGAGGAUGCCAAACGCUACAUCGCCUGUUUCCCAAAGCAGGUUGGAGACGGUCUACGAAAAGUCUUUAAGGAGAUUGAUGCGGGAAUGCUCGAUAUUCUGGAGAAGAUGCUAAUCUUCAACCCCAAGACCCGAAUCUCAGUGCAAGAGGCCUUGGCACACCCACUGCUGGCAGACAUUCGCGACAAGACACUGGAAACUACGUCGCCUGAUGUGGUCGUGCUUCCGUUUGAGAAGGAGCCAGACCUGGACGAAGACCUCUUGAGACGCUACUUCAACAUGGAGCUGCGAAAGUAUCACCCAGAAGUUCCAGAGUACAAAUCUUCAAGAGGGUAUGGCAGCUGA